AGAUCAAGAGGUAGAAAAUUCUUGAUGUGGUUGCUUUAGAGUUACAGCAGCAUCUUCUCCAUGUUGCUGCAAGUAGGGUACAACUAUGUAUGAGAACUUUCAUCGUAGGUAGUAAGUUUUUUCGGGUUCAAUUUACUUUCAUCAAGUUUCUCAAGAAAAAAAUGGUAUUGCCACGUCCACAUCAACACGCCUCUUCGUUCUUCUCAUUUCCAUGCUCGCCUUCAUCGUCGACGACAAGAACUCCAGAACUUCGAGUACUUCUUCGCUGCAGCCUAAUGUUGCUUUUAGUUAAGGACGCUAAAGAUAACAACAUUGUACUUGUAGUUGUAGCAACAUACAAGUGUACCCCCCAGUAAGUAGUUUCUCAUGGACAAUAAAAUCUGAUGCCUACGACCGCUCCUAAUCUGCGCUCAGCCGCAUCCGUGGUUUGUGGAUACGAGAGGACCCUGACUGCCACACGUCCUCGCCUUCGACUAAACCCCUUUGGAGGUGGAGGUGCUAACAACUUCUGGUAUACUUAAGGCUACCGCUGAAGCAUCCUCAACAUUAUCCUUGGCUCUUUUUCUACUUGAAAAGGAAGCCAAGGAUGCUCUCAGGGAUGCGACCGCGGUAGCUCUAAUAUACCACAGGAGCUAGCAAGCAUGAGAAGAUCACGGAUUGGUCACCUAGGUUUCCCCCUCACGUGGAUCCAUCCAAUCCCUUUUGCUUGCCGCCUUCGAUGAUGCGACAGAUUCGAGAGCAGCGGAGGAAGAAACUACUUGCAGAACAAACAAAAGCCGCUUCUCAAGCGGAGCGACGUGGUGCUGCGCGGCUUCUUAAGACUAGGCAUCAUAAGAGUUCAGUUGUUCACACGACUACAUUGGCAUCAUCCUCUAGGAAAAACAGCAGUGAGGAUAAGCAGGGUUGGCACAGUCAUAAUUACAUCCUUCAGUAGUUUCAGUAACAUCUACAUUCUUGAUCUUUUUAACAUCUACAUUCUUGAUCUUUUUUCAAGUAUAGGAGUACUAUUAGGUCAACAUCCAAGAUGUCCUGAAGAAUUAUGUUGUACUAUGUAUUCCUAUUGUUGCAGCCUUUAACCAAAGUGAAGGAGGGGGCGACGACGGAGCAGUACUAGAGGUGGCACAACAAGCAGGUGGACGAGGUGGACACAAACACAAGGGCAAGCAGAUAGAAGAUGGUUUAACUUCAACUACAGGUUUACCGCCACGUGAUGUGUCUAAAGCAAGUUGCGUGUCACACGCUAGCACAACUUCGUCUGGAUCAACCUUGUCUUCAUGCUCUGGAGAAGGAACCAUAGCAGGUGCUUGCUGCGGUCCGCGUGCAUUGGGCCAGCAAACUCAUGGUUAAGGCAUCAGCAGGGAAUCCAUCGAUCUCCAGACGCAUCUUGCUUGGGGCCUUCCUCGACGUCUGUAAGGGAUGUUGAAAAGCAAAGAGCAAGGUCAGGAUGACUGAGUUUCAAGAUGGAUUAUUCCACUUCCAGGAAGAUCUAAGACGGAAAACGAAAAAAGAAAGGAAGAACGACUUACAUCAACUUCUUUCACACGGGAGGCGAAGAUUCUUCAGAAGACGAGGAUAUAGAACUUGUACUAGAUUGUAGUUCCUGUAAUGUUGAUCAUUUUAACUCUACAUCAACUAGUACAAGAAGUAGCAACAGUAGAAUCGGAAAGAAACCAUCCUCUACCAAGAACAAUGCGGCGACUUCGUCUAGCAUCUUUUCGUCCGGUAUCAAUUUCAUGUCGGCUGCUCUGGUUAUGACCUCAAACUCAAUGUCUCCGAGGCUCUCACCGUCACGGAGGUCACUUUUCCCUCAACAUCGUACAUUGAUUAUAUUCGUAUUCCUUUCUUGUCCUCUUCUUUCUACAGACUUAAUCCUAGGCGUAGUCCUCGUAAGGCUUAUUCUUGAUGACUUUGAUAAGUGAAGAGGCCAACGCCCCGUUCACUUAUCAGACUUCACGACCGAAGAAGAUCCACCAAAUUCCCCAAAUCAUGAAGAUAAUUCCGUUGGAAAAGACGUCCCUCUCUACGCGCUAAUUCCAGUGCCUGUUGGUCUGAGACAGGCAAGUCUGAACAGAGGAGACGACGGGUGUCGUCUGCAUCGUUCAGAAACCAGAUGCCCCGUCGUCGCGGUCGAUACAAACCGGCUGUAUAUCCUGUCGCUGGCAAAGAUGAUAGCGAUAGUGUUACGGCUGGCCAAACCUGUAACGUUUUGAAUGGUCUAAAGGUCACAGUUGUUGUAUGAUAGGUCCUACCUACUGCUGCUACUAACUUGGUACUAACUUCAUUAUAAUAGAGUAGUUUAUAGAACGGAUGUAGGAUGGACUUGGAUGGAUCUUCGGAUGGAUCGGAUGGACCCCCCUGAUUCUUCCGAUCCUACUUGAAAUGGUGGAAAGUCCAUCCGAUCCAUCCGGUCCAUCCCGUCCCGGAUCUGGCGCCCCUAUAAACUGCUCUAUUAUAAGCUGCCUGCUAAGCUCUAAUCCAAAGCGCGAAAGCAGACCAGACGAUCCUGUGUUUCCUGUUCCGCAUAGAAUUGAACAGCCAAGACAACCAGACAGAUCCAACGUGGUGCUUCACUGCCCUCCGCCUCCACAAGGUCAAAACAUUAUGAUCAUGUUGAGAAAGAUAAGUUAGUGAGAUUGAGAUAGGUUAAAUAUUAAUAUUAAGUGGUGGUGCUUCGCCUUCGCAAUUGGAUUUGGAUAUAAUUCGAGUGAUUGGGCGGGUUGCAACUGUAGUGAAGAUACAAGAAUCUAAGAACCUUUGAUUUAUAAGUGCUUAAGGACCUUCAUAGGGGCUGAUAAGAAUGAUAGGAGUUUUCAUUUUCCUUUUUCUUCACGCUUUUGGUUUUGCUUUGUAACUGUUGGUCAAGGUCAUAAUCCUAAUGGAUUCACAAAGAUCACAAGGAUAAAGAUCAGCAAAAUGACCAAGAUCGCCAGGCAAAAGGUUACCGGAGCACCAUCCAAACGCCCGACGGGUUUACCGUCGCGCGGGUGUCUCUGGCUUCUCCUCUCUCUCUCGUUUGUGGCUCAAGCCUCCCAAUACAGUCAAGGACAAAACAGCACCGGAAUGAUCUCAAAGAUAACCUACAGACCUAAAUGCAUAUAGUUCCAAAAACAGUGAUCAUCAGGCAAAGGACCUUCAACGUAUUCAGAUAGAAGAAAUGAUGAAUGUUUCAUAGCUGUAAUCAGGUUCAUAACGUACUGUCAGUUCUGAUCAAUGAUGAGAAUCAACAUAGGAUGAUCGUAUGAAUCAAUGAUGAUAGCAUAAGCGUUUCCAUAUGAAAGUUUCCCCAUGCAACAUGAUAUCCCAAUGAUGAAGCUGAGACUUCCUCCAUGUAACCCCAAUGAACAUCCACAGGGAUCAAAGCAGCCAGAGAUCAUUAGUCUCAGGCUGUGAGUGCAAAUUGUGCAAACAGUAUCACUCUCAAGUGUUUCUCACCGAGAAACUAGACGCGACUUAACAGUCUGUGUUCGAAUGUAUCCAACACUACUUUGACCCUUGAGCUAAGUAUAGAGUAGAAAUCCAUCUAGAAACAACUUUUCAAAAUGUCCUGCGAUGCGAAAGAAAUUUCGAAGAAACUCGGACAGAAGUCCGACUGGCGAGCAUGGCAACUUGCCAUACGUCAGGAAGCUAGCCGUCUCGGCCUGCUUCAAAACUACACGAAUGUAGUCGGCAUUCCGGCAGCUCCUCAUGGUAUUCCUAACGGAGUUACCAAUCGGGAGGAAACAAUUCGGCAGAAGUGGCGCAACCUGAAAGAUGCGAUUAUUCGUAGUCUGAAAGGUGCCGCUGCGUCGUUCAUCAACAACCAGAACGAUAAUGGGCAGGUGGAUGCGAUGGAUGCAGGUGAGGUUGUUGUGCUCCUUCGUGAUGUAGGACACUUCGAUCAAAACAACCGUCAGGAACAACGGAUGAAAGUAAAACCGCUUACGGAUGGCGUGUUGAAGUUCCACAACGCGGAUCAACCUGCAGAUGUCACAGGAUUCUUGUCGAAAGUCCGAGACAUCAUGAACCAGUCGCCCACCGUGUACCCGCCGGAAGCAGGAGUGCCAGAAAGUGACCAACAAAAUGGUGCACUGCUACAGAAGUUGCCCGAGCUGUUCUGCAAGAACUUCAAGGCAACGAUCGAACGCAUGCAGGAAGAAGAUGGUCUGACAUUUGACCAGAUUGGUGACCGACUUGAAAAGCGUCUUGCGACGUUGAUCGAGGAGGGAACCUACAAAGUUGAGAACGAUUCCUUCGGGAAGGCGUUCCCGGUCAAUGUUCAGGAGACCUCGAAUAAACGUUCUCGUGAAGAGGAGGAUGACGAGGAAAAGGCCAAUGAAGGUGGUAAGAUCUUUCUGUCUAAAAGUGCUCUCAAGCGCUUCAAGGCAAACACAAAGAAGAAGAUCGCCGCCGAGGUCUAUGCCUCCAAUUCGAACGGCAAAGGAAAGCCGCAGAACAAAAAUAAUAAAGGUUCUGGAAAACAAGACACCCGUCCAGUCUGUUGGAUCUGCAACAAACCGGGUCACAAAUCCGCGUCUUGUUGGAAGAAUCCACAGAACCAGGCAAACUGGAACUGGAACACCAAUUCCCAAUCUAGUAGUGCUAUGGGUAAAGGUGGAAAGGGUAAUGGCAUGGUUCACAUGUCCCAAGUUGCGGAGCUGUGGCAAGCUCUCAACGGCGGAAAGCAGAGCUGAGUUGCGGAACCGGUGGAAAGCGGAUUUUGCUCGCUGAACUUGGAUGAAGAUGAGGGUGAAGAAAUAAACGUAAAUAAUACAGGGGAGGUAAAACUUGUGGGACAUAGUCUUUCAACUAGUUCCAUUACUACAAGAGAAGAAGUUAGUCUAGUCGAUAGUUGUGCAAACAAAUAUCUUUCAAGACACAAAGACGAUUUUAGUGAAAUAACUAUGAGAACUUGUAGGAUUACUGGUAGCGCUGGAAGUAAAGACGGAAGAGUAGGAAAACUAAAGUCAAACAUCUUAGGGCUCCAGUAUGGUGUUUAUUAUGAUUCACUACCAAAGGACUUAGAUCGUAUUAUACCUUGGUUAGGUGAAGGGAACUGCUCGCAAUUAGGAUGGGAAUUCAACUUCAAAGGCGCAGGUGGUUGUCUCGUACAUACGGACACCGGCCAGGCCAUACCCAUAAGAAGUCAUCCACGCUUGCAGCUUCCCAUACUUGCAUGCAACUUAUUUAAAGAAGAGACUGAUAGUGGUUAUAUUUGUUCAACAGUAGAAGAAGGAGUCAGUAGUUGUUACCUUACAAGACUCGAACUUCAUAGAAGAUGUGGGCACUUUCAUAUAGAUGGCCUCCAGGUAAAUUGCCCUGAGUGUGAUCUACAUAAAGGCCAACGCGCACCACAUGCAAAAGCUAGAGAUACUUCGAACUACAAACCUGAACCAUUGAAGUUACUAGCAAUCGACUUUGCUGUUGGAAUCAAACCCGUAUCAGUCAGGUCAAAGAGAUGUGUAUUAGUGAUCAUCUGUGAUGUAAUUAAGAAGGUGUUCUGUCGACCGCUUAAGCUGAAAAGUGACUGUGUGGAGGAAAUAGAAGAAGUUAUCAAAGGCAUUCGCCAGGACUACUCCUUAUCACUUGAUGACAAGGUAGUGUGGUUCCUCCGGAGGGAUGGAGAACCUGUCCUGAGCAGUGAUGACAUGACCAAAGUUAUGCAAUCGCUGCGAGUCUCAGACAGUCCGGCUGUUCCUUAUAAUCCGGAGAUGAAUGGGACCUGCGAACGUUUUAUGCGGACUUUGUUCGGCAGUGUACGCACAAUGCUGACUAAAGUUGAUAAACGCCUCUGGUGUUACUGCGUCGAGUACGCUGGUGACUGCUGGGAUCGUUUACCGCAUAACUAUGCAAAAAUGCCUCAACAUGAUGGAAAGAGUCCAAUUGAAAUCUUAGAAGAAAGGACUGGUAGAAACUCAUCGAAGAGUUCAAUCGGCAUGCUCCGCCGAUUUGGUUGUCUAGUUUACUUUCGUGAACAAAUUCAAGCCAACACUCCUGAACCCAAGCUCUCGGCCAAGUACCGCCGUGGCGUCUUCCUUGGACUCUGUCCGAAGUCGUCUGGUUGGUUGGUUGGAACUUUCGCUCAUGACGAUCGUUGCAAGCUUGGACAUCGAUGGGCGGAAUACUCUACCCUAGAUGUAAAGUUCAGAGAGGACUAUCUAAUUAAAAAUAUCGAUUGGCUUUUGCCAGAUCAGAAGGGCAUCUACAUUGAGUAUGACGAACUGGAAAAUCUGCAGAGUGGCGCGUCGUCGCUGGGCUCCCCCUUGCUUGGACAGUCAGUGCAAAGGCUGGAUCAUCAAUCGGGGUUCUCUGGCACGGAGCACAUUCCAGGUGGACCGACCGCGAUUUCCGACGAAUUAUUUAUUGAGACACUGGAUAAAGUAGAGGAAUCCAACGCAGCUGACUCUCCAAAAGGUGUUUCACUUGAGGAGGGGAAUGCUGAAGCGAAGGAUCGCGAGACAUCUGCUCCGCUAAGUCCGUCUAAGUCGAAAGCGCCUUCUCCAGCACGUGUUGUGGCAGGCGAACGCCGUACACACGUCAAGAAGCGUGGCCGACCAAAAGGAGCGAAGGACAAAGCAGGCAGCAGGGUUCGAAGAACAAAGAAACAGUUAGAAGAACUGAGAAAGAAUGUGGCGCUGUUCGCUAGUGCAGUAGGUGGCACGUGUGAAUUAGACGAAGAUGAGGAAUUCGUCGAAUCAUAUGUGAUUUUGUCCGUUGCUCAAGCACUCAAGUCUCCUGAUGCCGACAAAUGGCGGGAGGUUAUUGACAAAGAGCAUGCGAGACUACUAGCCUUUGAAACGUGGAAAGAAGCUUCUGACGAGGAGCUUGCGACCGCGCGACAGGCUCUACCAAUUGCCAUAAUUCUAACUAUUAAAAGAUGUGGAAGAUACAAGGCUCGCGCUUGUGUCCUCGGUAAUCUAGAUCGUUCAGGAGAGCUAAACACCUUUGCUCCCGUAGUUUCACACGCCGCUAAUAGGCUGCUCCUGACAUCUGCUGCGUCAGAACAGGACUAUGUGAUCCCGUUCGAUUUAGAUUCUGCGUUCCUCAAUGCUGAACUCGAUCGCGAUGUCUUCUGCCGUCUCCCACCCAUCUGGGCAGAGAAGCAUGGACGCGAGAUCGUGAAGCUCAAGAAGGCCUUAUACGGCUUGAAGGACGCACCACGAGCAUGGUUCAAGAAAUAUCACGACAUACUAGCCAGUAUUGGCUGGGAGCCGUGUGAUUCUGCGCCAGGCUUAUGGAGAAAGCCGAGUGCGAAGGUACCUGGGAAGUUCCUCAAGAUGUCAGUCUAUGUUGAUGACAAUCUUGCAACGGGUCCUGAUCUUGAUGAGCUCAAGACCGAACUAGAACUCAUCUUCUCGCGUGCCCCUGGCCGUGCGAUUGAUGUGGAGUCCGUUCCAACCCCUUGGGGUCAAACGUGGCUCAGGUUCGACUUCUUAGGUGCCAUCGUGUACUACUGCCGUGAAGCUCGAACAUUUCGGCUCAAUAUGGAGGAGUACAUUGAUAAAAUCGCAAAGAAAUUCGAAAUUGAUGUCGGAAAACCGGUUUACUCGCCCAAUUUUGACGAGUCGGCUUUUCUUGAGGAGGGGAUCAAGAUAGUCGAAGGGUAUCCCUUUCGUGAGGUAGUUGGUGCCUUGCUAUGGGUAGCUGUAACCGCGCGCCCGGACAUUUCUGUACCGGUGGCAGCAUUGGCUAGACAUGUCAGCAAACCCGCGUCAACAAGAAUGGUUAAAGCAGCCAGAAAAGUGCUAAAGUAUCUGGUGACAACGAGAGACCAAGGACUGGAAUACUCACCAGAGCAAGAAGAAGAAUUCAAUAGAAUCUAUUCAAAGUUACUACCUGAAGGCAGAGAUAUGCCAGAGGUGAAUAUCUUUAGUGAUGCAGGUUUCGCCAACUGCGUAAAGACUAUGAGAAGUACAAGUGGAUCGAUCAUGUAUUUCAAAGGCGUUCCAAUUGCUUGGAGAAGUAACCGACAAACUGUCCGUGCCUAUUCUACGGCUGAAAGUGAAUAUAUUGCAGCUUCUGACACUAUUGUGCUUAGUGAACUGCAUGACUUUACAGACUUCUAUAGGCCUCUACCAACUCAGUUGGUACACACACAGAACGGCUUGUCUCCCUCUUUAGACAAUGCUGUGCUCUGGAUCGACAACCAAUCCGCGAUCACAACAGCCAAAGCAACUGACACACGCCCGAAGAGUCGCCAUUAUGCACUUCGCUACUUGCGUGUGCGUGAUGCGGCCAGUAAGAUAGUUUUCUGUCCAACUAACUUAAUGAAGGCUGAUGGCUUAACUAAGUUAGAAUGUAGUUCGUCUCAACGUAGACUACUACUUCACCAUAUAGAUAACCCGAUAACUAAAGUUGAGCAUGAUGAUUGUGAUUCCUCAGACGAUGAAACGAAUGGGGAUGAUUUAGCUUACUAUAGUGUAGUAUAUUCGGUUUAUUUUGGUUUCUAGCCGAGUAUACCGUAGCCAUAGAAGAGCAGCUAGGAGAUAUGACUUCCGUGGUAGUCCAGAGACUAGGGACUUCGACACGCAACGAUUGAGGAGAGGUGUUGGUCAAGGUCAUAAUCCUCGAAAUGUCACAAAGAUCACAAGGAUGAAGAUCAGCAAAAUGACCAAGAUCGCCAGGCAAAAGGUUACCGGAGCACCAUCCAAACGCCCGACGGGUUUACCGUCGCGCGGGUGUCUCUGGCUUCUCCUCUCUCUCUCGUUUGUGGCUCAAGCCUCCCAAUACAGUCAAGGACAAAACAGCACCGGAAUGAUCUCAAAGAUAACCUACAGACCUAAAUGCAUAUAGUUCCAAAAACAGUGAUCAUCAGGCAAAGGACCUUCAACGUAUUCAGAUAGAAGAAAUGAUGAAUGUUUCAUAGCUGUAAUCAGGUUCAUAACGUACUGUCAGUUCUGAUCAAUGAUGAGAAUCAACAUAGGAUGAUCGUAUGAAUCAAUGAUGAUAGCAUAAGCGUUUCCAUAUGAAAGUUUCCCCAUGCAACAUGAUAUCCCAAUGAUGAAGCUGAGACUUCCUCCAUGUAACCCCAAUGAACAUCCACAGGGAUCAAAGCAGCCAGAGAUCAUUAGUCUCAGGCUGUGAGUGCAAAUUGUGCAAACAGUAUCACUCUCAAGUGUUUCUCACCGAGAAACUAGACGCGACUUAACAGUCUGUGUUCGAAUGUAUCCAACAGUAACUAAUGUGAUUUAAUGUAUAAGUAAUUGCAAAGGUCUUCUAGUUGGUUCUACUGCUCCUAAGCACCAAGCUUAUUUGAAAUAUCUUCUAAGCGCCAAUCAUCUGGCGCCACUCCUGGAACAAAGAAAAAGUUAAAAUUGCCAGGAAUCAAAAAGCGAACCGUAGGAAAAAAAGUCGGUGGUGCGGAUGAGUUUGAUAUAGCAGCCAAUCAGGUACACGCUGACCGCGACAGAACCUAGUAAGGUGGCUUGUGUAAUAAUAGAUGAAGUUUUUUGAUAGUUGUAAACCCAAUUUGUUUGCUGGUAGCAUCUUCAGCUUGUUGAGUCAAUCCAUCUUCUUGUUUAUUGCUAGCAUCUUGAUCUUCAUCCCAGUCCCGUUUUUCAAAUCUUCGGUAGCAUCUUCAUCUCAGUUCCGGUAUUCAAGAGAAAACUUGGCGGGGCACCGAGAAGACCCUUUUUUAAGAGAAAUUUGAGUACUAUGGAUCAAUACCGAGAUGCUCAGUAUUAUUAUGAUGGAUCGUCGCAUCAAGCGCUAAACUUUCUUAAGGGUUCCUGGCUAUCAGCACGUGGAAAUUUUGCAGCAUGCGCCGAAUGCCUACAAAUAUUGUGGCGUAGCAACGCCACCAAAAGAAGAAGAAGGGAUACCUCCUCUACCAAGUAGGAGAAAGGCGGUAGUUGCGGGACAACAAGGGCAGAUUGUUGAACUACCACAAGGAAUUAUGAACCAACAAGACCUACUACAAAUAGGACAAGGACAAGCAGCUCCAUCGAGAAGUGUCAUUUUUAAGGCUUCCCGUAAUUCAUCUUGAGAGGCAUCUAUUUGCCACGUUUUCAAGGGGAAAAGGCGUCAAAGAUGACCUUCAAGAUGAAUAUAUGUGAGGUCUAAUGUCAGUGAUCUCGCACUGCGCCCUGUUGCUCAAGAAAGUUUUACAAGAACUGCAGGUGCAGGCCCUUCAAGUGGAACCAACUCGGCCAGGUCAGUGGUCAAUUUUUUGCAGGUCGAUGGUCGAAAUCCAUUAUCCGUGACGCGGUCGAUUGCACAAACAGGAGGCGUGCCGAGCGGCCAUUUAGACGUCGAAUUUAUGGUUUUGGAUUACAUCGCAGUAUGGAGGAUCUUCAACCAAAUGAUCAUCUUCGUUCAGUGGUAGUGCUCAAUAACGAUAUUUUUUUUGUUUGUAUUUGAGAGAUGAACGAUGAGGAUCCUCAUCGGCCAAAAUACGUUUCUAAUCUUCCCCUAUCCGCGACCUCCCGACCAUUUUCUUCUGGAGGUUUGCCGUCUGUGCGAGUGUCUUACGUCUCUCCAGUUCUUACCAGUAGCACCUCACUACCAAACCCCGUUGCAAGAACAACAAUCACGAACAAACUCUACUAG